GAGUAAUUCAGUAUUCACUUAAACGGUUCCGCACAAUUGACGCCAUCGCCAUCACACCUUUAACCGGGGAACACGAUGACUACGGAAAUGACGUCAAUCGACCGCGCCGGACAUUUUCAUUCAUAUCGGAGGAGCAAGCUGUCUGUCUGUCUGUCACGGGGCGACGGUUCCAUCCAGGAAAUUUGACUUAUUUUAUUUACACGGAUAUUUUCACCAAGUGAGAAAAAAAGCUACGAUUCCGACAGCUUUAUUUGACGGUGACUUUGCGAAUUCCACCAGCCAGUCGCUGUCGAUCCAUCAGCUGUUACCAGCUAGCGUUGCACAGAGUAGACAGAACCAGCGUCCCCAUCUCCUUUGACACCCAGCUUGUCACAUACGUGGACCCUUGACUGGCGGAGAUGGAGAAGCGGAGGAUCACACAGGAGACCUUCGAUGCCGUCGUCAAGGAAAACAUGGAGGAGUUUGAGAUGGACGCCGACGAGGCUGUGAAGGAGGCUGUGGAGCAGUUCGACUCUCAGGGUGUGAACCUCAGUUGUAUAGUAAAAGCUGUACCUGUGGUCUCAUCUGAUAACAAACAAGAGGAGCCGACCCAUGAGGUCUUACAGGCGUUGGAUUCCCUCCGCAGUGUAAAAGACUCUGCCAGUUGCAAGGAAGUGGAAGCGGACAUGAAACGCUUCACUGAGCGUUGCUCACAAGGAUUUGCCCAGCGGUACCUGGCCGCCCAAAAGGACGCCUACCCCGUCAUCCUCUCUUACUGCAAAAAGAGCAUGGAGGAGCGGGACGCCGUGUUGACUGCACUGACUGCUCUGGCCGCACUGACAGACGGACAGCCCGACUUGUUGGAUGCAGAGGGCCGGCAUUUCCUUUUGAAUGUCCUUAAGGAGUAUAAGCCGGAUCCCUCUGUGGUGCGCACGGCCGUCUGCACAGUGCGUCGCUGCUGUUUGAAACAUGAACAGAACCGGCAGGAUUUGGUGAAAGGGGGCGUCGUGCCUCUUCUGACCGGCGCCAUUACAGAACACACUGAAUGUGCCGAGCUGGUGAAGGAAGCCUCUGCAGCUCUCCGGGUACUGGUCUUUGAUGACGAUGUCCGCGUUGCGUUUGGGAAUGCUCACGAACACGCCAAGAUAAUUGUGCUUGAGCACAAUGGACUCAAGGUUUUAAUUAACGCUGCAAAAGUUCACCUUGAUAAUACUUCUGUUCUGAGUGAGCUGUGUGCAACUCUGUCCCGUCUGGCUGUGAGGAAUGAGUUUUGUCAAGACAUCUGCGAUCUUGGAGGGUUGAAGCUCAUCAUGAGACUGCUCGCGGAUAGCUAUGAGAAAGCGGAGCUGGUUCGGCAGGUCCUCAGUGCAAUACGAGCUGUAUCAGGAAACGACGACGUGAAAGAUGCCGUUGUUAAUUCCGGUGGAGUCCAGCUCAUUGUCAUUGCCAUGAACAGACACAUGAACAACCCUGCAGUGUGUGAACACGGCUGUGCAUGCCUCUCAGUCCUUGCUUUGCGUAAACCCGAAAACUGCAAAGUCAUCAUGGAAAAUGGAGGGGCCUUGGCUGCUGUGCAGGCUAUGAAGACGCACACAGACUCAGUCAAUGUGCAGAAACAAGCGUGUAUGGUGAUGAGAAACCUGGUUUCGCGUAUGAGUAACUUAAGCCAACCAAUCCUGGAGAUGGGAGCAGAGGCCCUGAUAGCACAAGCACUAAAGACCCAUCAAGACUGCGGCGAUGUCGGCAAAGCAGCCCUCAGAGAUCUGGGAUGCCAGGUGGAGCUCAGAGAGCUGUGGACCGGCAAACAUGGCAGCCUCACCAACUGAGAGAAGUCGCUCCUCAUCAUCAAUUUGGCUGAAAUGCAUUUUAGGCAAGAUGAAAUGCUAUGUUGGUGUACCUAGUUAAGCAGAUGCAUCUACCCAGAUAGACAUAUUGGUUAAAAAAGUGAGGUAAAUGCUAGACCCACAGAGCGUUCUUUACAGGUUGAAUAUGCUGUCCAGUCAUUCUUUUGUUUUUGUACAAAAAGAUAAUUGUUGUCUUAUUGAACAUUAUUGUUUCCUGUCAUUAAUUUGCUCACAAAAUCUCUGUUACCCAAAUGUAUACUUGUAGCACAGCUAUGCUUUCAGGAUGUUAGGAGUUGAAUUGGUUUAUUUUCUGCUAUGGGUAUUAUGAAUACGUGUUAUUAGUAUAUUUGCUUCUAUGCAAAUCAUUUUAAAUGCACUACUCGGUGCAACAUCCUUUUCAUUGUUUGCAUAGCCAAAUGUUAAUGUAUGUAUGUAUUUAAUGCCUUAUACUUUGACUAAAUGAAAACAGUUCCUCUCACA